CACACACACACACACUCUGAGGGCGAGGCAGCAGCAGAGUCUGAGAGUUUUUCUGCAGCAGUUCGUCGAGUUUUCAGUGUUUGUGUUCGACAUGGUGACCACUGAGACCCACGAGAGCCAGGACCUGCUGGUCCCCCCCAAGAACCAGGACCAGCAGGACCAGGACAAGGAUCAGCAGGAUCAGGACCAGGACCAGGCCUCCUCCCCUCUGGCAGGCCUGGAGCUGGAUAAGAUGAACCAGGGUCCCGUCAACGCCAUCACGGUUCUAACGCUGCUGGACAAACUGGUCAACAUGCUGGACGCAGUGCAGGAGAACCAGCACAAGAUGGAGAGCCACCAGGUGGAGAUGGAGGGCGUGGUCAGAGGGAUCCAGGCUGAUAUGACCAAACUAUCUAAGAGUCACAGUCACACGUCCAACACCGUCAGUAAGCUGCUGGACAAGAGCCGCAAGCUGUCGGUCACCAUGAAGGAGGUCCGUGAUAGGAUGGAGCGUCAGGGCGUCCAGGUGAAGAAGCUGGAGGCAAACCACGCCCACCUGAUCGCCAGGAACAACUUCAAAGUCCUCAUCUUCCAGGAGGAGAAUGAGAUUCCCUCCACGGUGUUCGUGAAGGAUCCUCCUCCAUUCCCUCGUGAUGAGAUCCUGGAGGAAGGCGAGGGAACCGUCGAGGGCAACAGUUCCCAGGAGGGCGGGCUGCAGACCAUCGACCUAUCAUCUGACGAGGAUGUCGGCCUGGAGGCGGAGCUAGAGGAGGAGGAGGUGUGGCCUCACGAUCUGGAGAACAUGGAGAAGUCCAGAGCUGAGAAACUGAAACGAUCGAGCCUGAAGAAAGUGGACAGUCUGAAGAAGGCGUUCUCCAGGCAGAACAUUGAGAAGAAGAUGACAAAGAUCGGAACGAAGAUCGUUUCAGCGGAACAACGAGAGAAGAUCAAACAGAAGACCUCCAGCCUGAAGGUUUCUCCACUGAGCUUUAGCAUCAGGAAGCCUCGCAGCAGCUCUGACUCUCAGCCUCCAGAGGGCUCCACUCCGACCCAGGAACCGCUCACCACUGAGGCCGACAUCCAGCUCUCUCCUCUGGACAGCAGCGGCCCGGACGUCCCCUUCACAGAGGUCCAUGCCCAGCUGGCCCCGGCUGAGCAGCAGGAGGAGGAGCUGAGGGAGGAGGAGGAGGUCAAAGAGGUGGAGGGGAAGGAAGAGGUGGAGGUGGAGGUGAAGGAGGAAGUGGAGGAGGUGGAGGAGGAGGUGCCGGUGGUUCUGGAGGCUGAUGUGUCGGUGGUUUCUGAGGGGGUUCCUGAGCAGUACGCUCUGUCCUCCACCCUCCCUCAGGAGGAGAAGGAGGAUGAAUCCUAAAGUUCCACAACAAACCGGAGCAGUCCAGACCGUCUUAAAGGAACAGUGGAACCUUUAGGAGGAUCCUGUGAGGUUCUCCAACCUUCUCCUCAGGUUCCUCCAGAAGUUUCAUCUUCAGUCUUAGAUUCAUCCAAUGAGGCGUCGGCUGUUCUCCAAGUCUACAUUCAGGCAGGAGAACACGUGGAACUGUUCCUUUAAAGUCUGGAGCUCCGGUUUGUUCCGAGGCAUACGUUCCUCUUCUACUGAUGAACCUUCAGAUAUCUGAUGGUGUUUUAUUUAACGUCUUAUGUGUGAUGCUGAGAACCUCGUAUCUCCAGAACAGGAACAUCUAAUGUUCUAUUCACCCAAAGACUUUCAGGUUACAGUUUGAAUGACGUUGGAGAACUCUGUAGGUUAGUUCCCCUACUGAUCUGGAACCUGAAAAUCAAACAUGGAGAUUGAGGGUUCUACAGGACCUGCUAGAACAUAUCUUUAUAUUGAACGUUCUUUAUGUUACACGUUCCUCUCAGUUUGAACAUCACAGAUUUAUAGACGAGCACCUUACUGAUGUAUGUUGAUCAAGAACCAGAAAGCAACACUGGAACCAGUGGAACCCAACAACUUAUUUAGAACUCAGAGAUCACUGAGGGAAACAUGGUGCUAAACAAACUAAAUGUUCUCCUGUGGUUCCACCAUUAAUCCAUAAAUGUUCUCCUGAACUGCCAAGGCCUUCCAAGGUUCCUCUAAUGAUCCUCCAGGUUCUUCAAACUUUAUAUUAGGGUUAUGUCAGGUUCCGCUAAGGUUCCUGGGAGCGUCAUAAGCUUCUUCAGAGGUUACCAUCAAGGUUCUACCAACAUUCCUUAAGGGUUCCACUAAGAUUCAUAACAUUGUCUAAACGUUCCACCAAACCUAAAGUUAAUCUUAGGUUCCUCUGAGGUUCUUCUAAUGUUCCGCACAUUUUCCACAAUGACUUCCUAAUUUCUUCUUUGAUUCCCAUGAAGUUCCAUUAAGGUUCCUUUUUGUUUACAACAAGGUUCCUCUAAGAUCUCAAUGAUUUCUUAUCUGAUGUUCCACUAUGGUUCACCUAAGGGUUCCUUAAGAUCUGUCUUCGGUUCUCCAAAAGUCCCCCAUGGUUCCCUUUAUCUGCUCCAAAGGUUCCACCAACGUUGUCCUACGGAUCCCUGAACAAUCUUCCAGCAGUCUACCAGGGUUCCCCUCAAUGUUUCAUGAUAUUCCGAUACAUUUUUCCUGAGAUGUCACUGAAAUCCUAAAGGUUCUUCUAAUGUUCUACAGUGUUUUCUCAAGGUUCUUCCAAAGAUAUCUUUAGCAUUCCCUGAGGUUCCUCAACAUUCCACUGCAGUUCCCGUAACUUUAACAUGAUGUUGUUCUAAUGUUCCCCCAAUGUUCCCCCAGUGUUUCUCCAAAUGUUCCCCUGAUGUUCUCCUAACAGCGUUCCUGAUGUUCUGCUACUACUAGUGUUCUUUAAUGAUCUUCCUACGUUCUCUUAACACGUCUCCUGGUCUUCUGCUGACAUCAUCCUAACGUUCUCCUGAUGUUCUCAGACGUUCUCCUAACGUUUUCCAGAGGGUUCCACCUGCUUGUUAGUUCUCAGGUAGUUUACUGAAGUCUGAUGUUUCCUCUGAUCAAUGAAUGAUAACGAUUGAUCAGUUGAUUGAUCAGUUGAGUCUCUGGGUGUUGGAGCUGAUUGAUUGUACUGAUCAAUAACUGAUCAAACUGACUGAUCCAUGAGGUCAGAUGUUCAACUGUUGCUUGUUUUCUUUUUUCUUUUCACACAAACAGAAACUUUGUGCCAAAGAAUGUUUUGUUUGAUUCUGAUCACCUGUCAAUCGGUCUGAUUGAUCACCUGAACUCUGCAUGUAAACAAUAAAGUCAGUGACACCA